AUGGCCACAUUCGCUGCGCAUGUGUUGAAGGGGCCGUUGCCGGAGUAUGGAUUUCUUCACCGCAAGCUCAACAUUUCCAGCUGGGAGAUGACGGUUGAACGUGAAUGCAGCGAGGUGUUGAUGGAGGAGCAGACCCUCUCCAUCGAGCAUAGGUACAAGCAGAUCACCAGCCAUGCAUCUGCUUUCUUGGGGCAAUACCGGCUUGCGUGGCAUGCUGUCCUCUUUGUGCCAGGAAUGAAGGCCAACUUGGUCUCCCCUGGGCAGCUCACGGACAAAGGAGCAAAUUUGCAAACCGAAGGUGUCACCCGCAUCAUCGCAUCGGGAGGACAAGUGGCUGCAACGGUACGCUACCGCCAUCGUCUUCUCUGCCUUGACCUGAAACUGUGGCCAGCAAGCAACAGCACAACGGUUGCAGUGGCAAGCAACGGCAAGGUGGCUGCAUCGGCUUGCAACGGCAUGAUAGCUGGAGCGGCAUGCAACGGCAUGAUGGCUGCAGCGGCUUGCACCGGUACGACGGCUGGAGCGGCAUGCAAUGGCAAGGUGGCUGCAGCGGCAUGCAACGGCACGGCGGCUGAAGCGGCAUGUAACGGCACGGUGGCUGCGGUGACAUGCAAUGGCAUGACUAAGGCAAUUGAUGACGGAUCGGCCAGCCUCAAGACGUAUGCGGUGGGCUCUAAGGCAACACCCAACCUGUGGCACGCUCGCCUUGGACACGUCCACUUCGAUGCGGUGAAGCGGACAGCCACGAGCGGUGGCGUGUUAGGCAUGGACCUGGAGAAAGGAGGUGAGGAUAUGCCGUGA